AUGAAGCGGAGAGCAUCAGAUAGAGGAGCUGGGGAAACGUCGGCCAGGGCAAAGGCUCUAGGAGCUGGCAUUUCCGGAAAUAAUGCAAAGAGAGCUGGACCGUUCAUCCUUGUUCUCUGUACCAUAGGUCCCCGUCUGGGCAACUCACCAGUGCCCAGCAUUGUGCAGUGUUUGGCGAGAAAGGAUGGCACAGAUGACUUCUAUCAGCUGAAGAUCCUUACCCUUGAGGAAAGGGGAGAUCAAGGAAUAGAAAGCCAAGAGGAAAGGCAAGGCAAGAUGCUACUGCACACGGAGUACUCUCUGCUUUCCCUCCUCCACACCCAGGAUGGCGUGGUCCACCACCACGGGCUCUUCCAGGACCGCACCUGUGAAGUGGUUGAGGACACAGAAUCCGGCCGAAUGGUUAAGAAAAUGAAGAAACGCAUCUGCCUCGUCCUCGACUGCCUCUGUGCGCAUGAUUUCAGUGACAAGACUGCCGACCUGAUCAACCUACAGCACUAUGUCAUCAAGGAAAAGAGGCUCAGCGAGCGGGAGACCGUGGUCAUCUUCUAUGAUGUGGUACGAGUGGUGGAAGCCCUGCACCAGAAAAACAUUGUGCACAGAGAUCUAAAGCUUGGGAACAUGGUGCUCAAUAAGAGGACUCAUCGGAUAACCAUCACCAAUUUCUGCCUCGGAAAGCAUCUCGUGAGCGAGGGUGACCUCCUGAAGGACCAGAGGGGGAGCCCCGCCUACAUCAGUCCGGACGUGCUCAGUGGCCGGCCGUACCGGGGCAAGCCGAGCGACAUGUGGGCCCUGGGUGUGGUGCUGUUCACCAUGCUCUACGGCCAGUUCCCCUUCUACGACAGCAUCCCACAGGAGCUCUUCCGCAAGAUCAAGGCUGCCGAGUACACCAUCCCUGAGGACGGGCGGGUCUCUGAGAACACCGUGUGUCUCAUCCGAAAGCUGCUGGUCCUUGACCCCCAGCAGCGACUUGCCGCCACUGAUGUCCUGGAGGCCCUCAGUGCCAUCAUUGCUUCUUGGCAGUCGCUGUCAUCUUUGAGUGGACCUUUGCAAGUAGUUCCAGACAUCGAUGACCAAAUGAGCAAUGCCGACAGCUCCCAGGAGGCAAAGGUAACAGAGGAGUGCUCCCAGUACGAGUUUGAGAACUACAUGCGGCAGCAGCUGCUGCUGGCCGAGGAGAAGAGCUCCGUCCACGAGGCCCGCAGCUGGGUGCCCAAGCGCCAGUUUGGCAGCGUGCCUCCAGUGAGACGGUUGGGCCACGACGCACAGCCCAUCAACCCCUUGGACGCGGCCAUCCUGGCACAACGCUAUCUGCGGAAAUAG